UUGUGGAUCCAUAAUGGUCGAUUUAUUGUCGGGAAACAAGCCCUCGUUGGAUCUCGGUCUUCCUAUGUUGACUCCGCGAGCCAUGCUUGGCUUCAGAUCUCUCCGCGCCCUUUUCGACUCCGCCGGCCUCCGCCGGCCUCUCUCCCCCCGGCAACAGCUCUCGGCCCGCCGACUCCACCGAGAGUCGUCGAUGGAUCGGAGAACGCAGGAGUCCGGUUUCAUUCACCCGACCGCUGUCAUUCAUCCGGAUGCGGUCAUUGGACAGGGUGUGUCGAUUGGUCCUUUCUGUACCGUUGACUCCGCCGUCAAGAUUGGUAAUGCUUGCCGAUUGCAAGCAGGGAGUCAUAUCAUGGGGGAGACCGAGAUAGGGGAUUCUUGCAUCAUUCAAACUGGUGCUAUUGUUGGAGCAGAUCUAGCAGGUCGAACAAUCAUUGGAAGUCAUAAUGUUAUCGGACAUCAUGCGGUAGUUGGUGCAAAGUGCCAAGACUUGAAAUAUAAGCAAGGGGAUGAAUGUUUCCUGCAUGUUGGUGAUCAGAAUGACAUCAGAGAGUAUUGUUCCAUUCAUCGUUCAUCUAAAUCUAGUGACAGAACGGUUAUUGGUGAUAACAACUUAAUCAUGGGAGCAUGUCAUAUUGCUCAUGACUGCAAAGUUGGUAACAAGAACAUAUUUGCUAAUAACACUCUCCUUGCAGGCCAUGUUGUGGUAGAAGAUUAUGCUCAUACUGCAGGGGCUAUUACUGUUCACCAAUUUUGUCACAUUGGAUCACACUCUUUCAUUGGUGGGGGGUCUGUGGUUACACAGGAUGUACCAAAAUUCAUGUUGGUUUCCGGCGAUAGAGCAGAGCUUCGUGGUUUAAACUUAGAGGGCCUUCGGCGGCAUGGAUUCUCAAAUACCGAGAUUCGAGGUCUGAGGAGAGCUUACCAAAAGAUAUUUAUGCCCAAUGAAUCAAACUCUGGGGGCUUGGAUGACAGGCUCGCAGAAGUGGAGCAAGACAAAGAAGUAGCUCACUUUUCUGCUGUGUCUUUUAUGGUGCAAUCCAUACGUGAAUCAUUUCAGCAAAAUCGUCGUGGAAUAUGCAAGUUCAGGAAUUGGAGUGCCUCCUGAAGAAUCGUGGCAGUGAGCUGUUUUUCUUUUGAAAUCCAGUCAUUCUCUCAAGGUUCACACAAUUCCAAACCGGCCUAAGAUUUCACCAGUGCCGAUCAUUUGGAAGGCCUUCCUGCUAUAGAAGAAGCAAACUCUGAUAAAGACCAAGAUGAACAAAGACAACAGACAUGGUAUCAUCAAUGUCAUCUUGCUGAAGGCCCAUCGCUGUCUGUUUCUUGUAGUCGGAGUGUACCAACCUUACUAAUCUCACUGGAUUCCGUGUACAAGAUGUUGCUGCACAUGUUCUGGUACUGGUUCUCCUCACCAGCAUUGCACAGUGCCAAACUCUCCUUUAGCUGCAGGACCACCUCUGUCAUCGUCGGCCUCCUGACGGAGGAAUGUGCGACGCACUCCAGUGCGAUGUUGGCGACCUUCCAAGAAGAGUUGAGGCAGUACUCCUGCUGCAGUCUCGCAUCCACGACCUCCUCAAUGUUGCCUUUCGCAAGCUUCCGGCGAACCCAUUCAACCAGGUGACUGCUCUCUGGAUCGCUUAGCACAGGAGGUUGACCUGUGAUGAGUUCCAAGAGAACCACCCCGAAGCUGUACACAUCACUCUUCUGGCUGAGUUGGUUCUUUAUGUAGUACCUAAAGUGGCAUAGAAGCAUGUUCCAUAUUAUCUCUAUAACAAAAUAAACCUGUUGAAGGAAACAAGAGAGGGUAUAGUUUGAUGAUCACAAGUGAAAGACCAGAUAGGUGCUUAGGUUUGUCUAGUUCUUAGCAGUGCAAAACUUUCCAAAACACUUGAUGCUCUUGGCUGCACUACUUCAGUGAAGAUUUUCCAGCCUACCACUUCAUCAUCUGUAUUGUUCUCAAAGUCACCACUUCCCUGAAUCACUGUGAAAAAUAUCUUAUCUAGAGAUACAUAGAGAUAAAGUGGAGCUUUAGUGCCUCGAGCCUCAUUUAGUUUAUCACAUCAUACAACAAAAGUAGUGAUAGCUGCAAAGCUGGUAGUAUCCCACUUAAGAUAAUCAUAGAAGUGUCAUUAUUUACUUGCACACCCUAGCAGUAGAGGGCAAUAAAUUCCAUUUGUUUGAUAGUGUAAUCAUCUUUAAGGCUGUUUCUGUUUUAUGGAAUUCAUUUUUCUUGUGCUGUUGUCUCACUUCUUUGUAUGUCUGCUGUAUCAUACUUCCUCUCUUUUAUUUAGUAUCUGCAAAAUUUCUCUUCUUCCAUCCUCCCUUUCUCCCUAUGCUUGUUUCUUUCACUUCCUCACUAAUGAAGCAGAUGAGCUGAAGCCACAAUCUUCCCUUACUAGAAGAAACUCAUUAAAGUAGGGAGAUGGCACAAGACAUUCUAUAACUUCAUAUGAAUGGUUGGGUAGUUAGUUCUUAUUGUUUGUGCUCCAUUUUUUAUCUUUGGUUAAGCAUAAGAAGAAGAGUAAUGGAGCAUAAGUUAUGACAUACUCUGGAUCAAGGUAUCCCAGGGUGCCAACAACCUUUGUGGAAAUAUGAGUGUGGUCAUCACUUAGGAAAGCCUUGGACAGCCCAAAAUCUGAUAUCUUGGCUUCUAGCCUCUCAUUCAAGAGGAUGUUUGCACUCUUUACAUCUCUAUGAAUCAGUGGAGGCUUGCACCCUGUGUGCAGAUACUCAAGCCCUGCAUCACAUUAAAAUUCAUGAGUGUGUGAUGAAGGCAAACGAAAGCAGCCUUAAGGAGUGACUCAGUAACUCGAGAAUGGAUCAUUAGGUAUUAUUGCCAAACCUAGUGCGGCUUCAAGAGCAAUCUGGAGACGCUGUCUCCAACUCAAAAGCAUAGCACUGCAAGUACCUGUUGGAAUUCAUGGUAAUAACCUGUCAGUAGCUUGGACCAAACAAUCAUAGGAAACAUGCAUACAUGAAGUAUUUCUUGUUCAGGAGUCACUAUAAAAAUUACUACAGCAAGAUCGGUAUCUGCGGUAGGAAAUACUUCAUUUGAGAAUACAGAAGAAAGCCUGGCAAAAUUUAUGUUUUGCAAGGGUCACAUAAGAGAGUGCAAUUUUAUUCAUACUGAUCAAUAUGGGUAGAUAAGAAUAAAAUUUCUUCUUUCUAAAGAGAAACAGUAGCAGCUAGUUCUAGAAAAAUAUUAGAUAGCAGCAAAGUACAUGAAUAGAAACCUCUAAGAUGAUCUUUCAGGGUUCCCUGAGACAUAUACUCGUAGACAAGAGCUAGAUGAUCUCCUCCAUCCUUGCAAUAGCCAACCAUAGAAACUAGAUUCUUGUGAUGCACCCUUGUCAAGUGCUGAACCUGCAAUCAAUCAAAUCAUAGAACACCGACCAUAAAGAAGAUAACUGAACUGACCUCCGAAGGUAGAGGAAUAUCAAUUCUAAUUAUGAUGUUCUCUGAUUUCUGAAAAAUCAAGGAUAUAACCUAUAAAAGCGUUCAAGUAGAAAAGAACUUUGAGUCGAUGUGAACAUUACCUCAGCGAGGAACUCUUUCGUCCCUUGUGAUGAUGUUUGAGAUAGCAUCUUCACAGCAACUUCAGUCCCAUCUUCCAAACGGCCAUAAUAAACCGUUCCAAAUCCUCCUUUUCCAAGGGUUCUCUCAAAGUUGUUAGUGAUCUUCUGCAGCUGAAUGUAUGUGAAUUUUCGAUUCUCUAGUUGUAAUGUGCCUUCAUUCUGCAGCUUCUCAGUGGUACCUCUUUUUGAUGCUUCAAUGUAUGUCAUGGUAUCAUCACAUGGAAUUCACAAAUAUUUAGUGCUUGAUUAAUAAAUCUGAGCCGAAAUUGAGCAGUGAAUCUUACAUGAACUAUGUUUGUGUUCCAAUAAGACUAACCUUGCUGCUUUCUCACUAUGCACAGGAUGACUACCACCAAGAGGGGUAUGAUGACAGGAACUAUGCAAGAAAUAAUGAUCGUAAGCACUGCAAUCUUUCUCUUCCGGCUUGACUUCGGCUUUGCCUUGCAUGAAGUGGUAUCGAUACAAAUAUUUGGGUUGCCUUCGAUUCUAGCAUCACAAGGAUUUAAAUCUCUUAGAAAAAGAGGUGAUGGAUCUCAUGCACUUCCUCGAUGUCAAAAAAGAAAGGAGAGGAAACAAUUUCAUACAGGAAAUAGUUUGAUAAACAUUCCAGCUUUGCCUCAAAUUAUGGAUAUUCUUUCUUAGGGAUUUAAACCACAUAGUUUGAGACUUUCCCAAAAUCUAGUUGAAACUUUACAUUAAUCCUUCUUUUAUGGACUUUGUUAACAUGCUUAAAGUGGAAAACCAGGAAGCAAUUUUCCAUUCAACUGCAUUUUCUUCUGUAUCCUGCAUCUGUUGACAGUCAAAACUGAAGUACAUGUAUAACUGAUAUGACUCUCAGUUGUCAAGAUCAGAAUAAACCUUAAAGCAAUCGACCCAUUUUGCGAUUUGGCAAGAAGAGCAGAAGGAACUGAUCCUUCAAGUUGGUUGUUUGUCAAAUCUCUGCAAGUA